AUGGCGACAUACAACGAUGAGAGUGACGCGGGCUUCUUUGAUGACUUCAACAGGGACCCGGACAAGCAGGCCGUGAUGGAAGAUGUCAACCGCAAGCUCUGCGAAGCCCUCACAGAGCUGGCGGAAAACAUCGUCGAUGCGCUGGUCGAGGCAGACGCCAGGGCGGCGAAGGGAGUGGUAGCGGCGGCGGCGGCGGCGGCGGCUCAGCGGAACGUGGGCGCCGACACCGAAGCAGCGGAGGAAGAGGAGGCAGGGGUCUCGUCAGGGGACACCGAGGAGGUGGCCUGCAUUGACGAGGUCGCGGCGCUAGCAGCAUACAAUGACGCGCUCUCUGCUAUCAUGCGGGAAAAGAACGUCACCAGCAAGGUAUGGCACGAAGACAAGGACACCCAUUGCUGUACAUGCUGCUCCAUUCGCCGCCGCUCCAAUCCAACAAUUGUUUCGGAUAUGUGUGCACUGCCUGAUGAGCACCCUUUGAAGGAGCUAUUCUUUUCCGCGUUUGACGAGCAGUUGUUCCACGACUUGCUAGAGCGCUUCGUCAGCCAGGUACGCAAUCGCAAAGAAGGACCUGGGGAUUGGGAUGCAGAGGCCGCGGACGGCGAGUGCGAUGAGGACCACACGCUUGAGUGA